AUGGAGGCGGCGCCGCAGUGGGGAACGGAAGCAGGCGGUCAACACCACGGCUGCCGUUGUCAUCAUAAUUGCGCCGCGCCGUCGGCGUCGGACGCGCUGCGGCUUCUCGGAGACGUUGACGCGGCUAUUGCUUGGUGCGAGGGGAAGGCGGCGGUGACAGCUCUGCUGUUCCCGCCGGCAGCACACCGUAUCCACCGGCCACGCCACUCGUCACACACCGAGGGUCAUGACAGCAGCAACAAUAACAAUAACAACAGCAAGAUGAAGGUGAGGGGUUCGACGCCUUCUGAUGAGGAAGCCUACUCGCACUGGCAGGAGCCACAGGUGAUGCCACGGCGCAACGCGCCGCACGAUUAUUAUGAAACUCCUGAUGGAAACAUCCGGAGCUGCAGCAGCAGCCGCAGCCGCGCACGUCAGCCCAUCACAUCACCGCCAACGUUGCCAUGCACCGCUACGCGUGGUGUGGACGACGGCGGGUGCAACCUGGACUUUGACCGCUGGACGGCUAGGCAGAUAGCGGCGCAGGCACAGCAUGACAAGAGGCGUUUGUGGCUGCUUCGAUGCGUUGCGGAGGAGGCGGUCCGCCGACACGCUGUCAUCGUAGAAGAGCGUCUAGGACGGAUUGCCCUACUUGUCACCGCACGCGAGGAAGUAGCGGCAGUGGCAGGAUUCCUAGAGACCGAACAGUGGAUGAAACAGCAGCACAACAACGUGUGUGAACGGCUCCUUCCAUCUACCUAUAGACCUCUGGGAGAAGGAAUGACUUUUGUGGAAGCUUCACCUCCUGAACCACAGAAGCGGCACGGACGAAAGGAGGACGAUCUCGCCCCGUCUCAUCGCGACGGAGAUGAACAGAAGGCAUUAGGAAUCUCAUGUGCAGCGAAGGGGGUGCAGACAUUUGUGAGUGGACCGUGUGUGUCGGGCGUGGCGUGGUCCUCCUUCACAUACGCUCUGCUGCACAGUUCAGAGAAUAUGCAGCGACUCCACAUCGAUAAAGAGGCACAGCUCUCAUGGCAGCUCCUCCUCGCGCAGUGGCAAUCGGUAGUGAACCAUGUGAACA